CUGUAUCUAACAGCCUGUUCAUAGCAACAGAUAGCACUCAAAACACGUCUCUUCGGUCCUCACCCGAAGAGAACAAGCAAAUGCAUAUGUAACUGUCUACAAAUGGAUAGUCGCUCGCCACAAAUGGCAGUCGAUGUGCUUCGGCAGGUCGGAACGUAAAUUCAUUCUCCUCCGAACUUCUGCUCACUCUCGUUAACUGGCAAAAACCCAGGGGCACUAGACGGGCCGUGACAUAAGGUGAAGAUGGGAAGGUGGUCGAAGCUUCAGAAGGCCGCGGCAUGCAGGGGAUUGGCUGUGACAGUGAUAAGUACUAUCUCACCCUCAAGUUCAAGUUCACGCACUUUCGAAUUGGACAUGCAUUGCAGACGUGUUUACGUGGGGAUUUGCUUGAUGCUUUCCCAACAUUAUAGGGCUGUUUCCACGUACAUUUCAGCGUCUCAUACUACAGCAUCGGUUGGUCGCUCACUCACCGGUACCGCCCUGGCUCAAUACUAGUAUCCAAAAGAAUCUCCUUAUCAUAGGAUACCUGCUUUGAACGCCUGCGGCAUGCACGGUUAUUUGCCGUGGUAGGAUGUUUACGUGGCCAAGUUAUUGCUGUAGUUGCAACCGCAAUAUCGACGGGAAGUGCAUUUCGAGAAGGCUCGGUUACGCGCUACGAGCAGAUGUGAAAUGAGGCAAUUCCAUGAUCAUCAGGGUUUCGCCUCAUCUCCCCGCGCGCUAGAAGUCUACCAUCCUGCAUAUAUAUUGGCAGUAAACCACCUCGCUCUUCCAGGUCCCGCUUUCUCCUUCUUCCUCUCCUCACUUCCUCUCCUCUUCCUCACUUCAACAAUACCACGAAUUGCACAUAUCAUAGCAGCAUCGGCUGCAGUCAUUGGAGGCACCUUUUUCACCCCACUGCUUGCUCCGGCUGUCGUGUCCGUGGUAGGCUUCAGUCCUGCUGGGCCUGUAGCAGGUUCUCUUGCUGCGGCAGCUCAAGCUGGGAUGGGAAAUGUGGUUGCAGGCUCAAGUUUUGCCAUUGUACAAAGCAUUGGCAUGGGCGGUGCCGUGCCGAUCAUCGGUCAGGUUGUAGGCGGAGCCAUAGUCGGUUCUGCAGCAUACAUUGCUGCUGUAGUGCGUGGAUAGAACGGGAGCAUCAUCUAUCUUGUUGGUUGUCUUGUAUGGUAGCGCCAGACAGAUCAAGCAACGUUCAGCAUGGCAUCAACCACUUAUGUAUCUAUCCCAAUUGCAAACAUACAGUCCAUCGAAAAUAUGAUCUUGUACACAAUACUUCCUAUUCGAUUUUCUAACAAGAGUCGGCACCAACAAGCCUAAUCCGCC